GGGGGCGUGGCCAGGAAAGGUGUAGCCUGCAGGGGGCGGAGCCUCGAACAAAACAAGUUUCGCUGAAACUUAAUUUUUAACUUUGUUUUCAUUAAAUAAAGGAAGGGCAUCGGUCUUCUUCGGAGCACACACCCGCAUGUUACCUUUCACUUUUUAAGAAUCACAGGUAUAAUGAAAACGAAGUAAUUAGGUCCUAUUAAUCUACUACUCGGUAGUAGUAGUAACAGGUGGUUAACUCACAUUCCUUCCCGUCUAUUAUAAAUUUUUUUAGUUUUGUCAGAAGGGAGAAUGGCAGACAGGAGUAGACACCCGGAGGAUGAUGGUUAUACCGACCGUAGGAAGAGGGACGCCACACACGAAACACCGAAAUCUGAGUUCGACAGAGACCGAACCGGGAGAGAGUUCCACGGGUCCGACGUGCCCCAUGCUGACAGACACGGCCGAGACGAAGCACCCUCGAGAGGCUCUCAGGAGACUCCAGUCUUUCCUUUUAAAGAAGAGUAUGACGACCACAGACAGGCGCUCUACAACCUCAGAUACAUCUUAUCCAGCAGAGGUCUGUGCCAAAUCCUGGAGGUCUUCGUGAACCUGCUGCUGGUCAUCUGUGCAGGGGUCCCCUACAGCAACAAAGGGGGCUACGUGGACCUAGCGAGCCUGGGCUCCCUGUACCACUACUACUACGGCGGCGCCAACGCCUUCACCGGGACGGACAUCGCCCGCGUGCAGGAGCUGGACGUGAUGUUCCACCAGCUGAAGACGCCCCCCUACGCCUUCACCAUGGCCUGCGGGGGGGCCCUGAUGGCCUACGCGUGCGGCCUGCUCGCUCUGGGGGUGUUCCGGAUGUUCUACCGCUGCCCCCCCCUGCUGCUGGGCGAGGCCCUGCUGAAUGCCCUCAUCGGGCUGGGCUACAUCCCCUCCCUGGCCUUCUACUUCAUCAAGCUGAAGGAGACGUACGACAGCCCGGUGUGUAAGGAGAGGGAGAGGAUGUACGCCAGCAAGGGCCACGAGGGCUUCAAGUGCCAGUACAACGGGGCCGAUAUCGCGGGGGGGCUCUUCGGGGUUCUGGGCGUGGUGGUCUUCCCCGUAGGAGCGGUGUUGGCCAUCCGGGCGUUCAGGUCGGUACGGCAGAGGAGACGCUCGAAGGAGUUAAGGGAUGGCCCCCGACCGGAGGAGAGAGGUAACUACGUCUGAGGAGAUGGAGAGGAGAGGAGAGGAGAGGAAGGGAGAGGAGAGGAGAGGAAGGGAGAGGAGA